UGUAUUACCGCCACCUGCUGGAUCUGUCCUCCUGGAGGAAUGAAGCCUCUGACCGCUCUCCCUUUCCCCGCUGAAGCCUCUCUGUGAGCGGCCUCUAGAGUUUCAUCAGAGAGGAGCUCCCGGUAUUCCUGAGCUAUGAGGUAAACACACAGGAUCCCGGCUGUUGGGCGAUGCUCUGUCUGUGGUCCCUCCUCCUGAGCCCCCCCCGCCCCGUCGCUCAGGCCUGCCUCAUGUUCACCCCUCGGCUCUACAGCAGCGGUGGGGGAGGGGGGGUUAAACAGGGGAGGAGAGCGGGGCAAAUGGAGGCGCCUCACCCCCCCCAUCAUCCGGCACCGCCCCCCCCCCCCCUACCCUCUGUACUCGGGCCGCCCAGAUGCCCAGCGGGGGGGGGCCAGCUUCCAUCAUCAUUAUCCCCCCCAGCUGCCCUCCCACUACCAGCAGCACUUCCACUCGUAUGGGGGGGGCUCUGUGGGGGGGGGUCAGGAAGAAGACGUGGAACUUCAUCCAGGAAAAGAUGAGCUACGACACGUUCUUCACCAUGAAGCGUCUGAUCGAGCGCUCGCAACGCCCCGACGAGGUCCUGCGCUGGGUCACCCAGAACCCCAGCAAGAUCUCCCACAACCACUACCCCGUUGCCCUGCAGAAAAUCGGACAGCUGCUGCAGGCCGGGGGUGGGGGGCGGCAGGUCCUGGAGCAGCAUGACUUCCAGACGCUCUGUGACGCCAUCGUCAGCGACUGCAGCAAGUUUGACAACUUCAGCAUCGUCAACUGUCUGUACGCUGUGGCCGCGCUCGGUCUGCCCAGCGACUCUCAGCUGGUGCAGGUGCUAGAGGCGGAGUCUGAGUCUCGUCUGAGCCAGUUUAACCAGAAGGACGUGUCCAUGGUGUUCAGCUCCAGCAUGAAGCUGCACCCGGGCAGCCAGCAUCCGCUGACCGAGGCCUGCCUGUCCAGCCUGGAGAAGAACCUGGAGCGAGAGCGCCACCCGCAGACCCUGUUCCUGCUGCUGUCCUACUACAGACUCAAGUGGCGCUCGCUGCAGGAGCCCGCUGCCGCAGGGAAAGCUAACGCCGCCACUGCAGGGGAAGCUAACGCUGCUGCAGGGGGAGCUAACGGCGCCGCAGAUAGCGCUGACUCUGUCUCUAGGGAAGCUAUUGCCUCCACAGGAAGUUCUAACGCUACUUCCGCAGGAGGAGCUCAAGCUGCUGCAGGGGAAGCUAGCGCCGCCGAAGGGGAAGCUAACAGUGCCGCCGCCAACAGUAACGGCUCGACACCUAACCCUGAACAGCUGCUGGCCAACAGGAAGAUCCUGCGUCUGGUGAAGCACACGCUGGUGAGCGUCAGCGGCGUCAGGGACCAGGAGAUGGCGCUGCUGGAUGAGAUGUUGGCGGCCUGUGUUCGGGAGGCAAGCAACAAGAGCCUGGAGAUGAUCUUCAGCUCACACCUGUUCUACCAGAACCGCCAGGAGAGGUUCAUCUGCAGCCUGGCAGAGGAGCUGCCCAGGAAAGUGGACAGCAUCACCCCUUACACCAUGGCACUGAUCGCCAAGUAUAUCGCCCGGCACCGCCUCCGAGACACCCGGCUGCUGGACACCAUUGCAGACUUCCUGGUGAAGAGGGCCGAGUACCUGGACAGCAAGGUGAUCCAGAAGCUGGUGUUCCCGUUCAGCAGGAUGAGUUACCGUCCUUGCAGGGAUCAUGUUUUCUUCUCUCGUCUGGAAGAGGUUCUGGACCUGAAGGCUCUCAGCUCACCGCUCGCCACCGUCAACAUCCUGAUGUCUCUUUUCCAGCUGGGACACUUCCCGGGCCUGGUGCUGCACCGGGUCUUCUCUUCCGCCUUCAUCAGCAACGUCACCAACAGUCCGUACGCGCUGAUCGUGCGCCGCUACCUGUCUCUGCUGGACGCUGCCGUGGAGCUGGAGUACCAGGACUACAGCGGGCCCCGCCUGCAGGACGCUCAGAAAGUCCUGAUGUUUGACCAUGCCCUCACAGCAGACGAAGUCAACCGCAAGUACAGUUAUAAAGGUCUGGUGGGCGAGGCUCUGCGGCAGCUGCUCGGAGAACACAACUACAGACAGGACCAAGUACUGGCUCCAGGAUACUACACAGACUUCCUGUUGCUGAUUGGCCCCUCCGGUCGGGUUCUGCCAGUGCGUCCCGGUGUUGCCAUGGCGUCCCUGCCAGCUGACUCAGUUUCCGUGGUGACGUCUGAGUUCCAGAAGUUUUCUCCGUUUGCGGCAUCGGAAGAGGGGGAGGAGCCUCUGGGCAGGGGGGGCGGGGCCACAGAGCCCCGGUCCUUCCUGCCCCCGCGCCCUCCCGGCUCUAAUGAAGGGCCGUACGGAUCCUAUAGGGCCCCGGGGCCGGAGUUCUACUGCCUGAACAAAGAGCUCUCUGAGAGCCAGGACAGCUCUACACUCAGCAGCCCCCCCUCAGACAGCUUGUGCCCUCCCGCUCAGAUUCCCACAGUACACCCCCCCCCAGACGCUUUCUUCCAGUUCUCUAUCGGGAAGAUCCUGGAGGACGAGGGGGGGGACCUCAGGGGCCCGGAGACGGACUGCCAGGGCUUCUACUGUGAGGGGGAGUCCCCGUCCCCAACACUGCUGCCCCCCGACAGACCGGACCCCGAUACGGAGCCAAGACAUGUCAGGAGGGUGGUGCUCUCCGUUAACGAUAAGUGGCAUUACUGCCACAACUCCCAGGUCCUGGUGGGCUCCCGCGCCAUGAGGGACAGACACCUGAGGCUGCUGGGUUACACACUGCUGCAGCUGCCAUACCACGAGCUGGAGAAGCUGAACGGCAUCGAGGAAGUGAAGCAGUACCUGCACCAGAAGCUGCUGGAUCUAUGACUGUGUGUGUGUGUGUGUGUGUGUGAGUGUGAGUGUGAGUGUGAGUGUGAGUGUGAGUGUGAGUGUGAGUGUGAGUGUGAGUGUGUGAGAGAGAGAGAGCUGUUUCAGUUGGAGGUUCACCUGCAGGAUCGAACAGCUGGGGGGGAUUUCUGUUAUUUUUCCUGAACAUGAUGACGUCAUGCCCCAGAAUGUUCCAGUUUCGUGAGGUUUUUUUCAUAACCCCCCCCAGCUGUUCCCUGUUGGCCUCCCAGAGGCUCUGAUGCUGCAGCGUAGUUAUUUGAAUGGGUAUGCUGGUUGUGUCCUAUAAGGAACAGGUCUCUGAAUGCCUCUCUGAUGAACGUUGAUGCCGUGCGGCUUUUGAAGGACCGGCGAUGCUCCCUGACCGUUUCCCCAACAUUAAACCCUGUUUAUUUAUCACCUGUUUUCGACUCUGGGACUUGUGCCAAAGGCCUCCGGGGGGGG